CUAGGCGCGCUCCCGCAUGGUCGACUCUAUGGUGAGGCGCCGGGGAGAGGGGCAGGUGGUGCCGUGCCGCCCUCCGCGGUGAGAGGAGCCGAGUCUCUGUCCGUCCCUCUCUGCUCCUGCCGGCCCAGCAGCCUCCGGCCCCGCCAGAGCGGGCGGGAGAGGCGGCCAUGAGCGCCGCGGAGCAGCCUGAGGGGAAGGAGGGGGCGGCGGCGGCCGGCUCCGCCGCCCCAGGGCACUCGCUGGGUUUUAGUGAUGCAUCUCCAGAUGAAGGAGUAGUAGAAGAUAUGCCUAUGAUAGAUGAGAAAGCUGUGGAGCAGCUAACUGAAGGAUUAAUUUCUCAUUAUUUGCCUGAUCUUCAGCGAUCAAAAUUAGCACUAAAGGAACUGACACAGAACCAAGUGGUAUUACUAGAAACAUUAGAGCAAGAAAUUUCAAAAUUCAAAGAGUGUAACUCCAUUCUUGAUAUCAAUGCCUUGUUUUCAGAAGCUAAGCACUAUCACAACAAGCUAGUGAAUAUUAGAAAUGAAAUGAUGACACUUCAUGAGAAGACGUCAAAAUUAAAAAAAAGAGCACUUAAGCUGCAGCAAAAGAGGCAGAAAGAAGAACUAGAACGAGAACAGCAACGUGAAAAAGAACUUGAAAGAGAGAAGCAGUUAACAGCAAAACCUGCUAGGAGGACAUGAAAGCAGAGCAUGCAUCAACUUGUCCAAAUUAAUAACUUUGCAUUCUCUGGAAUUAAGGUGGACUUUGCUUAAAGUGGACUGUAGUUGUUACUAGCAACAGUCUACUCUACAGUAUUAUAAAUUCCAGAAUGGUAAUAAGCAAUCGGUAAAAUUCUAAUUUUCUAUUUCAGCCAUUCAAGUUGCCUUAAUUUCUAAUGCUAUGCAGUUUGAUAUUAUUAUAGCGUAAGUUAAUUUUUGAUAUAUACGUAGGAGAAUUUAGACAUCACAGUUUUAAUUACCUCUCCAUUCAUUUUUUUUCAUAUGUUCUUCUGCGUUUAGAAUUCUGAUUGAGGGAUGCUUGGUGACUGGCAUGCGUGUUUUUCAGACAGAAUACAGAAAAGUGGUUGCUGGAGUUCGGUUCUGGUCUCUGGAUUUCCAUGAUGGCCUAUUUCACUGAAGCAGCUUUGAUUCUGGCAGUUAUGCUCUCAUGUUCAUGCCCUGGGUCAUAAAUACUGGCUUUUUGUGCCAACUAGGUAUACUGUCUUUUGCCUAAUAUUGUUAAUAAGUGAAUGCUGCAAAGCUCUAUGAUACUAAGAACAAUGGUGAGAGGCCCAGAUAAUAUUGUUACAUUUGGAGUUUUUGUUUUAGUUCCACUCUUGUACAGUUUGUUGUCUAAUGAGCUGAAGAGUGUAUGAGCUGCAGUGUAUUUGCCUGAAAGUUCACUUGAUUGCAGUAGUCUCAUGUUUUUGUCGCCAAGAAACUGAAGAGUAACUUAAAAGUAAAUUUUGAGUUAUUUCCUAGCUGAAUUGGAUGAUAAUAAAAAUUAAACACUGCUGAUCCUUAGAAUUUGUGUGCACAAUAGAAAGACUAAUGAAUUUGGGCUUCUACAAAUGACUAAGUGAAACCAAUGAACUGUUGCUUCUGUAAUGGUUCCACAGGAAGUGUGUGUGAUCUAGGCAGAUCUCUGUAGGAUUGAAAGUUGUAGUUUCUUCAUUUUCUGUGACAAAAUAAAACACAACCAAAACUAAACAAAUUCUACCAUAUCUGAAAUUCAGUUAUCUUUAGGGAAAAACUGUUGCUGCUUCUCCUCAGUGAUUCAGUUUCACUUCAGGGCUAUGUGAGAGGUUGUUGUUUUGUGAUUAAUGAUGAUUGCUGUGUACUGAUGAUAACCGUGGGGUAGCAGUUGAUACCCGUUUCUCUGAAUGUAAUUGCUUUCUUGCAACAUUUGGUAAGAACUCCCAUUCAAGUGAAUGUAUGUAUUGUCUAGACUGAUGAAAGACCUUUAAACUAUUCUUUCCUGUGGUCUGACCAACCAGUAGUUUUAUCUCUGUUUUUUAAGAAAGUAGGAAAGUAGUGUGUACUGGGAAAUAGGAUGGAGGGUAAGCUUUGUAAAACUUUUCAUUAAAAAUGUAUGGCAAGAUAUCAGAGGGGCACAGUCAGUUUUAUUUUUCAGUGAGGUUUGAUGGUGCGUAAAGUACACCUGCCUAGAUUCUUAUGUAUUAUAAUUUUCUAAAACCUUAUUUCCCUGUUAAUAAUAUUUGUCUCACUUUUCUGCAAAAGACAGACUCUAACAAGUAAUAGUGACGUUUACAGAAACUUCUGACCAGCACACAAGUUAAACUGGAACAGUGUUUGGAGGCAGGGAAAGCAAACUAGUUAGAGUAUGCUGAAGAGGCACCAGAACUACUGCUACUGAAGCAGUAAUGGAUUACGAUUUUGCACAGAUAUCUUUCUUCUAGGUUGAAUUGUGUCCCUUAAUUGCCAGCAGAUUGUUGACCUGUGCUGUGGUUUGUUUGUAUUUCUAAAAGAAAUGUACAGAAUUCAUACAGUCCUUUUUUGGAGCAGAAUGUACAUAACUAAGUAUGGUUGAUAUAUUUUAUUUUGUAAUGUAAUUACAAAAUUAGAUUCUGGGAAUAUAAACAGUUAUUAUUAAAAUAUAAAAUGAAA